AUGGGUUCUUGGAUACUAAAGUUGCUGCUGCUACAACUUCUGCUUGUGUUGAUUAAGCAUGCUGAUGCAAGCUCUAUCAUCAGAUAUCUUCCUGGCUUUGAAGGCCCUCUUCCUUUUGAGCUUGAAACUGGGUACAUAGGUGUUGGUGAGGAAGAUCAAAUGUUCUACUACUUCAUCAAAUCUGAGAGGAACCCUGAAGAAGACCCUCUUCUUGUCUGGUUAACUGGAGGACCUGGCUGCUCUUCUUUCUCUGGUCUUGUUUAUGAGAAUGGGCCUCUUGCUUUCAAGGUUGGGGCCUACAAUGGAAGUAUCCCCACUUUGGUCUCUACAACAUAUUCAUGGACUAAGGUGGCGAAUAUAAUCUAUUUGGACCAGCCUGUUGGGACUGGCUUCUCCUACUCAAGAGAUCCACUUGCUGAUAUACCAAGUGACACAGGAUCAGCUAAGCGGGUGAACGAGUUUGUUCGUGAG